UGACAGAGGGGAUGGACACAGAUGCCAUGGACAGGUAACAGAGACUUGGGCUUAGUAACUAAGAAAGGGUGUCAGCAGAAUGACAGAGUGUUUCCUUCCCCCAGCCAGUAGCCCAAGUGAACAUCGUCGGGCUGAGCAUGGUGGUGGUUUGGCUAGAACCCCCAGUUCAGAGGAGAUCAGCCCCACCAAGUUCCCUGGCUUGUACCGCACUGGUGAGCCCUUGCCUCCUCAUGACAUCCUUCAUGAGCCCCCAGACAUUGUAUCUGAAGAUGAGAAAGACCAUGGCAAGAAGAAAGGAAAGUUCAAGAAAAAGGAAAAGAGGACGGAGGGCUAUGCUGCCUUUCAAGAGGACAGUUCUGGGGAUGAAGCUGAAAGCCCGUCCAAAAUUAAGAGGUCUAAAGGAAUCCAUGUUUUCAAAAAGCCCAGUUUUUCCAAGAAGAAGGAGAAAGAUUUCAAAAUAAAGGAGAAACCAAAAGAAGAAAAGCACAAGGAAGACAAGCACAAAGAAAAAAAGUCCAAGGACCUGACUGCAGCAGAUGUAGUCAAACAGUGGAAGGAGAAAAAGAAAAAAAAGAAGCCAACUCCAGAGCCUGAGUCCCUCCCAGUGGAUAUCCCCAGGCUGAGGCCUGUGUUUGGUAUUCCACUGAUUGAAGCAGCAGAGCGCACCAUGAUAUAUGAUGGUAUAAGGUUACCACUAGUAUUUAGGGAAUGCAUUGACUUCAUAGAGCAGCAUGGCAUGAAAUGUGAAGGCAUCUACAGAGUGUCUGGAAUAAAAUCAAAGGUAGAUGAGCUAAAGGCAGCUUAUGACAGAGAAGAGUCUCCAAACCUGGAGGAUUAUGAGCCAUACACAGUGGCCAGUUUAUUAAAGCAAUACCUGCGAGAGCUUCCAGAAAAUGUGCUGACCAAAGAUCUAAUGCCACGGUUUGAGGAGGCGUGUGGCAAGACUACAGAAGGGGAGAGGCUGCAGGAGUGUCAGCGCUUAUUGAAGGAACUACCAGAAUGCAAUUUUUGCCUGACGUCAUGGCUAGUAGUGCACAUGGACCAUGUUAUAGAGCAGGAACUUGAAACAAAAAUGAACAUACAGAACAUUUCUAUUGUGCUGAGCCCUACUGUUCAGGUACAGAAGAAACACCUGCCAGAGCUUGGCAUGGGGUUUUGGUUUUAAUCAUGUUUUCUGUGUGAGUGAGUUAGUGAGUGAGUGAUCUCCUUGUGUGAAUGGGCAGCAUGUGGGCAAUUGAUUUAAUCACUUUUGCUUUACUACUAACAACAGUAACCAUGUGCAAUCUGAGAACUGGGUAAUGCAUUAUAUAUUUACAAGAAAAUGUUAGAUGCAUUAUAAUCCGGUUACCGAAUUCUGAGACAGUUUGCAAUUGGUCAUCAUUUUUUUAGUUGUAUUGGAUUUUGCAAUAUUUAGCAUUUUGUUCGGCAGCUGCUGACCCUAGAAAAUAGAUAGCAGCCAUCUCAUUGCUAGGGUCCAAUUUACCCUAGCAACCAAGCAGUGGCAUGAAUGAGAGACUUCAAUAUGAAUAGUAGGGUGCCUGAAUAGAAAGAUAAGUAAUAAAAAGUAUCCAUAACAAUACAUUUGUAUUCUUGCAAUAGUGUAUUGUAAAACAAUUCAGAAACUAUGCAAACUGAGAACUGGUUAAAAUUUGCUAAGAACUGGCAAUUUUACAACAUACUAAAAGUAAAUGUAAAUGUGAGCUAUGCCUUUAAGCAAACAAGGAAAUGGGUGGUUAAUGAUUUACCUUAAAAAUAGCUUUUAGAGCACUGUAGAUGCAGUUGCAUCCAUAAUGGGCUCCUCCUUCGCAUUAAAUAAUAUUGAACUUGCCUUUCCUUCCUUCUGUAAUCCCUGUGGAAAACAGAAAAUAGCUGAUGGGUUUCAUGAGCUCUUGCCUGAGAGAAAUCAAACAACAAAUGCUGAUAUAGUUACAGUUACAGGUUUAGUAUCUGCCGGUGACAUUUUAAGCAUUACAUGUUUUAAAAUGAUUAAACUGUAAUUGAACAGUGA